GUGUCUGCACUCUGCCCGCUCAGCAGCCGCCGGGAGCUGGCAAGCGGGCGCGUUGUUGGGGUUGGAGACGUCUGAGACUGGAGGGCGCACUCAGCCCCCACCCCUCGCUCCGAGGGAACGUGUGGGGAGGAACAAUUGUGCGUGAGUGCGUGAUUCGCUGCACUUCGAGUGGCAGUUACCAGCCAGGCUGAGCGCCCCCAACCCGCGGCACGUAUACCCCCUCCCCCAAAUUACUCCUCAACCGCCUUUUGCUGCCACCCCUAGCUCGCACGUGGUCCUGUUCUGCGCUCAUGCGGUCCCACUUCCUUUCACCCUGGACCGCUGUGGGCAGCUCUCAGUCUUCUCCGACGAGCCCGAGGUCCCGCCAGUUUCUAAGUAGCAGAGGGCAACGACUCGGAUGGGGGCGGAGGGCGGGGAGAGAAGACUGCGACUUUGGGAUUGGAUUGGCCGGGUCGGGUGCAUGUGGCCCCCUGCGAGCAGCCCCCGCCCCCGCCCCGCAACCGCCGCCGCAUUCCCAGGGGAGCGCGGAGGAGGAGCCGCUCCCCGACUUCGUGGCCCACGAAGGUGUGGGGGUCAGGGGUGGUCUCCCCCGCCCCGUCCGUCUCUGCCCUGACGGUGCAGCCCGCUUCCAGGGCAGCCAUUGCCAUGGAGACCCCUGAGACUAUAAAGCCAGGUAUCUAGGCGGGCGGCGGCUCCCUCGCCGCUGAGCCCCCCAAGGAAGGAGCAAGCGCCCCGGCGUGGCCCGGCCCCCGCGAGAGGGGAGGAGGCGGAGGAACGGCGCCAGCAACUUGAGAAGCGGCGCGCCCCUCCAGGGCUGGAGGCAGGCGUGCACCGCGGGCGCCACCGUUGCUGCGGGGGAGCGGGGGCUGCCCUGGGUGCGGGUGAGUGGCUCGGCUCCAAACCACGAGGGCUGAGGGGCGCCGGACACGGGGAAAGCGGCGGGAGACUCGGGAGAGGGUCGAGCCUCGGCUCCCGACGUCCGGUGGCGGGCCAGGAGUGGAGCCCGGAGUAGCGAGCAAUCAACACCUCCAGGCGGCAGCCCCGGGGAAGCAGCAGCGAGACGCCAGGCGUGCGGCCCAGGAGCGGCGGGGCCGCCGGAACCUCCGGGCGACCGGAGUAGGAACCUCGGGACCCUCGGCUGCAGCCGCCCACGCGCGGAGGGAGAGGUACAGGAGCGCGGGCGGAGGCCGGAGCCCCACGGGGCGCGAGAACAGGGGCGCCCCCGUGCGGAGCUGCCAGGCUGCCCGGGCGCGGCGGCCGGGGCCAUGCUCAAGCCCAAGGACCUGUGCCCCCGAGCGGGGACGCGCACCUUCCUGGAGGCCAUGCAAGCGGGCAAAGUGCACUUGGCCCGCUUCGUGUUGGAUGCGCUGGACCGCAGCAUCAUCGACUGCCGCGCGGAGCAGGGCCGCACGCCGCUCAUGGUGGCCGUGGGGCUGCCGGACCCCGCGCUGCGCGCGCGCUUCGUGCGGCUGCUGCUCGAGCAGGGUGCGGCAGUGAACCUGCGGGACGAGCGUGGCCGUACCGCACUCAGCCUGGCGUGCGAGCGAGGCCACCUGGACGCCGUGCAGCUGCUGGUUCAGUUCAGCGGUGACCCCGAGGCAGCCGACUCGGCGGGCAACAGCCCCGUGAUGUGGGCGGCGGCCUGCGGCCACGGGGCGGUGCUCGAGUUCCUGGUACGCUCCUUCCGCCGCCUGGGCCUGCGCCUCGACCGCACCAACCGUGCGGGGCUCACCGCGCUGCAGCUAGCUGCCUCCCGCGGCCACGGGACCUGUGUGCAGGCCCUCACGGGGCCCUGGGGCCGCGCCGCCGCCGCCGCCGCGGCCCGGGGCUCCAACUCCGACAGUCCCCCUGGCCGCCCGGCCCCUGCGCCCAGCCCCGAGCGUCGACGACCCAGCCCCCGCCGCCUACCGCGGCCUCUACUGGCGCGCUUUGCGCGAGCGGCGGGUGGCCACGGGCACGGCGGCGAGGCUGGCUCAGCGGGCAAGAAUUCCGGCCGACACCGGGCGCAGGGCAGUGAACGACCUGAGCUGGGUCGGAGCAUGAGCCUGGCGCUGGGUGCGGUGACCGAGGAAGAGGCGGCCCGCCUGCGGGCUGGGGCCCUGAUGGCCCGACCAAACUCGCCCCAGUCUUCGGGGACUGGGCGGUGGCGCUCACAGGAGGUGCUGGAGGGAGUGCCCCCAACCUUAGUGCAAGCCCCCAUUGGUCUCAGCCCCCACCCGGAGGGCGGCCCCGGCUCUGGCCGCCUGGGUUUGCGCCGACGCUCUACAGCCCCAGAUAUCCCCAGCCUGGUCGGGGAGGCUCCAGGGCCCGAGAGCGGCUCAGAGGUAGAGGCCAACGCUCUGCCUGUCUCGGUGCCUGGACCGAAUCCAUGGCAGGCGGGCACCGAGGCUGUGGCGCUGCACGCUCAGCGGUAAGCCGCUCCGAGCACCAGGCCUGCUCCUCUCACCCUCCCGUCUGUACUCCACUGGUAUUUCUCCACUCUAUGUCCUUCACCUUUUCGGCAGCCGCCCCACUUCCCUGCAGCCCAUUUUGGAACCUGGUCUCCCUGCCAAGGCGAGACCUUCACCAGCCCUCCACCGGAAAUAAGGGACCUCCAUCUUCUUUUUUGUGCUCCUCGGUAUUCCCUGCCUGGGUCUAGAGGUUUUGAUGACUGGUUCCAUAGCCUACCAGCCAGGAAGGUGGAUACCCUUCCCCAGCCCUCAGCCACCUGCUGCUCCUUUCCCCCCACCCUCCCCUCGCUGGGUUUCCCAACAUCCUGCCAGCGGCCAGCGAGGCAAAUAGACGGGUCCAACUUGAAGAAUAAAGACCCAGCCUCCCCACUCUAACUAGUGAUGUUGACAAUAAUGCCACAAACUACCAAAGUUCCCUUUCCCUCAAAGUGUGAGAGGAGGAAAGGACCGAGGGGGCCCUAGAGUUUUUGUGUACUGGAGAGCUGAGGAGGACAGAGUCUAGCUAUUAGGUUUUUCUAGGGUAGAAACUUCGAGACAAUGAAAGUAUGUUUGGGGAGUGGGAGAGUCCCUAGUGUUGAACACCAUUUGUCCCUUGAAUCAGCUCCUGGGUAACUCCAGCUCCCUCUGUCUCUGCCCAGGAUUCAGCACACAAUCCCUACCUAGGUCCGCUCCGGGCUCCUGAGCCAGUCUGCUCUUCAGCUUGGAUUCAUUUGAAUUCCAUCAUCAAGGUUCAACACCUCACCUCUGGAGGCCCAAGCCCUAUUUCCGCUCACAGAGGCCUGAAAUGCAAAGGACUGAGCGCUUCCCCGCCUCCACGCCUCCAGCUCCCCUGUCCCGCACGUGGGUGCCCCCGCGGGGUGGAACAGUUGCGAAGGCUGUGCUUAAUUGUAUUUCUUCCAAUCCUCAAGGAACUCGUGUUUUAAGGCUUUGUAUAUGAAGCAGGAAGCAGCGGGUCUGAUUCUGAGGCUUAAGAGCCUGACAAUAUCUCUUUAAAUAGAAGCUCCGCGAGGGGGAUAAUUGACUGAAGUGUUUGCGACGUGAAACAGCGGCGCGCGGGAGUCGGGAGCCCACAUGAGCCGCAGGUCCAGGUUUAAAUUACAUCAAACUUUGGCUAGAGCUGCAAGGGGGCUAUUAAACGGCUCCUUCUUCUUGCUGGGCAGUUAAUGGAGCGGAUGAUGGAUGCUGGAGGUCAAGACCCGGGACUCCUGCCUUGGCCCCACCUUGUGGGACGCAGGCCCGGCCCAGGUUUAUUACUGGGCAGAUGAGUGAGUCAGAGGCCCUUUCCCGGGUUGGUCUUUUGUCCUCUGCCCGCUCGCCCCCGCCAUCCUGCCCUGUGCUGGCCUAGCCAGGCGGCGGGGUUGGGGGAACGGGGUCCGGCGGGGCGCUUGCGCUAGGACCCUGCCGGAGUGCUAGCGCGCUAGUCUUUGCGCCCGGCCCGCAGGGAGGCGGCAAGUGGGGCUCUUUUUUGAACCGCUAGGGUGGGACUUGACGCCUUUCACCUGCCUGCGGUGGGGCUCUUUCCAAGACGUCGAUAUAUCUGUUCGCCUUUGCAGUACGGAAGGUUUCUCGCCAGUAACUCCCAGGGAACUGCCCAGAGAAUGACCGUGCGAGAUAUUGGGCCUGGCGGUGAGGGGUGGGUGGUCAGGAGUGGGCCUCGUGCAGGUGUCAGGACACCUCCCCAGUCCUUGCACCCCGCUGACCCAUCCGCUGUGCCAAGCAGGCCGGCGCACUGGAGGACGUGAUCUCUGGUGCCCCCUGGUGGCAGCGCUGCGCUCUCCCCGCUGCGCCCCGGCUCGGAGCUCUGACACCUGCUUUUCUUUGGGAUCACCGCUGUGUACUUCUCCCUCCGUGUACAUUUACCGUGGAAUCCUCUUCAUCUUGUAGAAUAUUAAAUCCGGAUACUUGAAGUCACUUCACAGCAGUGAAGUGAAGGACAAUGAACAAAAAACUCGCAUUGAGAGUAGAAGGAACCCAGACCCUUCACUAAGGACCGCAAGUGAAAUCUUCCAAGUUAAGGCUGCGUGUCCUGAGAGGUACUGCUCUCUUCCGAAAAGGUGGAGCCGCCAACCCUUCCCUUAUGAUUCUGAACCUUGGGACCUGCUGAUUAUGCAGUUGUUUUCUUCUGAUAUUUGCUUUCAUUUCUGAAGUGUUCUGCCCUCUCCCUCCCCUCUUCUCCCAAAACAAAUGUCUCUCCUCAGUCCCCCUGUCUGGGUGGUGGGUGCACAAUACCAAGUGCCUGAAAAGCGUGAGGGAGAGGGUCUGGGGUGGGGUGGGGUGGGGACACUGGACACCCCAAGUGCAAACUGCUGCUUUCUGACCCUUGCUUGCUCAUGUACUCGCUAUUCAACUGUGUUUAAUUGUAAUGACAUUGUUAGUGGUGUAGGAAUCCAAGUGUUUUGGCUCAACAGCAUGAAGUCUGGGUUGCACAUUGUAUAAGAGGUGCUGUAAUCUUUCCAGUAUCUCUGAUACGUGGCUUUUUGGUUUAUUGUCGCCCUGGGCCCUCUUUACUGGAUAAACAACCAUGAGGGCUCUUCUCUGUGGAGCUGUGGAGAGCUUGGUGGUAGAAAGUGAUGUUCCUAAAAACUGCAGCAGCUCUUUCCUGUCUGAACUGAAUCGUGUGUCUAACUGCCUUGCUGUCCUGACAGACUCCUUCCCAGGUCCGGUUCCAUGCAGACCUUCCAUGCUUCACAUUUUGCUGCCCUGAACUUGCUCCUUUGUCAGUCCCAGGGUGUUGAGGCUGGGUCCUUUCUAGCAAUCUCUACCUUCAGAAGAGACUUUUCUAAAUCUUUUGCUUUUCCAA